UGAGUAGACAGGUCAGUCGUAUCCUGAGCCAGUUUAGACACAUCUCCACGAUGGCAUCCAUUGGGCCAUAUGUUCCCCCGAGCCUGUCGAAUUCACCCGCGGCGCCCUCAACUGCCCCCUCGGUUGGCUUGCUUCAACGAUACGAAGAAGAGGAAGAAGAGGAAGAAGAUGACUAUGCACCUGCUUUACCCCCAGAUCUUGCAGCUGCGCGUAUUAACGGCGGAGGACCUGCCACAGUGGGGCCCUCCCGACGUAUAUUCGGACCUUCAAUGGGUCCCCAACGCCAGGAAGAAGAGGAGUCUGAGGACGAAGAAGUUGGGCCUGCACCGCUGCCUUCGAGCGCCACGCUUGACCCGCAAGAUGGCAUUAGAGAGUUCAGAGAGAAGGAGGAGCAGCGCCGGAAACAUAUCGAGGAAGCAGCUAAGCCCAAAGCACUGCAGCGCGAAGAGUGGAUGCUUGUGCCGCCCUCGUCUUCCGACCUUCUUGGUACAUUGGAUCCCACAAAACUAAGCAAGCCGCGACAGUUCUCGCGCUCGACUGCACCGGCGAGAAAAGUUGAUAAUUCCUUGUGGACUGAGACACCCGCGGAGCGACAGCAGCGUUUAGCAGACGAAGUGUUAGGGAAGAAGCGGCGUAUUGAAAACGCAGACGCUACUGAAGGCGACGAAGACGAGGCACGGAAGAAAAGAAAACGAGAUGCUGAAAUCAGGCGGGAAGUGGAAGAGCACACACGGAAACACCGAGGCUCGUCGCUCCUCGAUGCUCAUGCCGACGCCGACUCUCGCAAGAAAAAAGACGACGAUGGCGAGGGUCCUCCAGCUAUCUGGGACCAUUCGCGUGACAUGUCGCUGGGAGGGCGAUUGAUGGACGAGAAAGACCGCCAGAAAAUGAUUCGAGAUGCAAGAGGUCUUUCUGACCGAUUUGGGACGGGCAGGAGUGGGGGCUUUUUGUAAGUUAGAUCGCUGCAGCUUCGGGUCUAGUUUAUGGACAAGCACCGCAAGACAUGUGCACGUAUUUGUCUUGCGCACUGCUGUAUUUCUAUGUCGAUAUAUUUAUUCUGUUCAAAUUG